UGGGGCGCUGACGUUCCUUUCCGGUCGUGGUGGCUUCCGAUAGGCGUUAGGGAUGUACACGAUGAGGCUGCUGGCAUUUGUGACGUUGGUUCUGUUAGCUGUCGCCCGAGCAGAGGAAGGAGCCAGGCUUUUGGCUUCCAAAUCGCUGCUGAACAGAUACGCUGUAGAAGGGCGAGACCUGACCUUACAGUACAACGUCUACAAUGUCGGCUCAAGUGCUGCAUUGGACGUGGAGUUAUCCGAUGACUCCUUCCCACCAGAAGACUUUGGCAUCGUCUCCGGUAUGCUCAAUGUCAAGUGGGACCGGAUUGCCCCCGCUAGCAAUGUGUCCCACACCGUGGUCCUGCGCCCGCUCAAAGCUGGUUACUUUAACUUCACCUCAGCAACCAUCACCUACCUGGCCCAAGAGGAUGGCCCUGUCGUGGUUGGCUCCACCAGCGCACCUGGACAGGGCGGGAUCCUGGCCCAGCGGGAGUUUGAUAGGAGAUUCUCCCCGCACUUUCUGGACUGGGCAGCCUUUGGAGUCAUGACCCUGCCCUCCAUCGGCAUCCCCCUGCUCUUGUGGUACUCCAGCAAGAGGAAGUACGACUCACCCAAGCCCAAGAAGAACUGAGCGGGGCUCCGCGCCCCUUCCCACGAAACCAGGUGCUCUCAGACUCCAGAGGGCCUCUCAGAUGUGUCUCUUCGUCCUUAGCCCUUGGCCACCUUCUGGAUCCUGCUCUCGGCCAGAGUGAAGGACCAGACCCGGGAGUCUUCGGGAGCCUCCUUGGUUCCACUGCAAAGCCAAACAAACGGAUGCGUUGGGCCGCAGGCUGUAGCCCAGGGGCCCUUGGCCCCGCUGAGGUGCUGCUGGUGUAUUGCUGGCAGUGUGGGCCCUGGGGCUCCAGGAGGGGCCUUUGGGGCACCUGAGCCCUCCCCAAUCUGCCCUCCCCUGUCAGAAAGCUGUGGAACUCUUGGAGGCCGCCCCGUCUGUGCCUGGGUAGGGCCAUGCUUACCAAAUGGGGUUUUCUAAUAAAAACAAAUACCGCGCUG